UUUUUUCGACCUUCAUUUGUACGGAUUGCAUUCUACGUGUGGCGUUUGUUUCUCGCGCGCAGGUUUCUUUCAAUUCAUCGUCGUUGCUAUGUAUGAGAUGCUGAAUUGCUGGGUUUUUUUUCACUUGAAUGCGUUCACAUUAUUAAUCUUUUCGUGAAAUUUGUCGUUGCUUGAUACACACGAUUUUCCUUUUGUAACUUUCUAUUGGUCCAAUCAAAUUUGGAGGCAGAGCAGAACCUCUUGGGUUUGAUCACGCGUAGACACUUGUUUAAACGCAGGGCUGAAACGGUGGUCGUUUACUUGCUAACGCUGAGGGACCAGAGAGACAGUAUGGGAACUCUAUACGGCAUUUUAACGAAACUGAGGAUGAGUAACGCAUUCCAAUUACCUCGUAUCCACUGUUGUCGUCGCUUAACUUCUGUAACUGAUCUCUAUAACUCGUCACAGAUACUGCUCCAAUCCAACAAAAUGAUUUCCCUUUUGAUUCGAGAUGGUAGAUUCAGCGAAGCGAGGGCACUCUUCGAUUCCAUGAAGCACCGAAACACCGUAACUUGGAACUCCAUGAUUAGUGGCUACGUGAAACGCCGAGAGAUUGCUAAGGCACGCAAACUGUUUGACCAAAUGCCUCAAAAAGAUAUUGUGUCGUGGAACCUCAUUGUAUCGGGAUACUUCUCGUGCAGUGGAAGAAGGUUUGUCGAGGAAGGAAGAAAUCUGUUUGAUCAAAUGCCCCAAAGAGAUUGCGUCUCUUGGAACACGGUCAUCAGUGGGUACGCUAAGAAUGGUAAAAUGGACCAGGCUUUGAAGCUCUUCAACGACAUGCCGCAACCGAAUGUUGUGUCCUCCAAUGCUGUGAUCUCUGGGUUCUUGUUGAAUGGCGAUGUGGACUCCGCGGUUGGUUUUUUCAAGAUGAUGCCUGAGCGUGAUUCCGCCUCUCUCAGUGCUCUUAUAUCGGGGCUUGUUAGAAAUGGUGAGUUGGAUAUGGCUGCUAGUAUUCUGCUUGAAUGUGGGAAUGAGGAUGAUGAGAAAGAUGAUUUGGUGUAUGCUUAUAACACCUUGAUUGCGGGUUAUGGCCAGAGAGGAGAGGUGGAUGAAGCUCGGCGUAUUUUUGAUGGAAUACCGAAUGGUCAAGGUGAUGGUAAGGAGGGUCGAAGGAGAUUCAGACGAAAUGUGGUCUCAUGGAAUUCGAUGAUGAUGUGCUAUGUGAAAGCAGGAGACAUUCUUUCUGCAAGGGAACUCUUUGAUAGGAUGAUGGAGCGGGAUACUUGUUCCUGGAACACCAUGAUCAGUGGCUAUAUUCAAAUCUCUGACAUGGAAGAGGCUUCAAAGCUUUUCAGGAAAAUGCCAAGUCCUGAUGCACUUUCAUGGAAUUCUAUAAUAUCUGGGUUUGCACAGAUUGGUGAUUUGAAACUUGCAAAAGAUUUCUUUGAGAGAAUGCCCUACAAAAAUCUGAUCUCAUGGAACUCGAUAAUAGCUGGCUAUGAGAAAAAUGAAGACUAUAAGGGUGCUAUUAAGCUAUUUUCUCAGAUGCAACUUGAGGGAGAGAGGCCAGAUAGACACACUUUAUCUUCAGUUCUCAGUGUGUGUACUGGGUUGGUGGAUCUUUACCUUGGUAAGCAGAUACAUCAGCUUGUCACUAAGACUGUUCUUCCAGAUUCGCCAAUAAAUAAUUCCCUUAUUACCAUGUACUCGAGAUGUGGGGCAAUAGUUGAUGCAUGCACUGUAUUUAAUGAGAUAAAGCUUUAUAAGGAUGUGAUCACUUGGAAUGCAAUGAUUGGAGGCUAUGCAUCUCAUGGCUUAGCUGAAGAGGCCCUAGAGCUUUUCAAACUUAUGAAAAGGCUCAAAAUUCACCCUACAUAUAUAACCUUUAUUUCAGUUUUGAAUGCAUGUGCCCAUGUGGGAUUAGUUGAAGAAGGGAGAAGGCAAUUUGAAUCCAUGAUUAAUGACUAUAGUAUUGAGCCACGGGUUGAGCACUUUGCCUCCCUUGUGGACAUCUUGGGACGGCAGGGGCAGCUCCAGGAAGCUAUGGAUUUGAUAAAAACCAUGCCAUUUAAACCAGAUAAGGCUGUGUGGGGUGCAUUGCUAGGUGCUUGUAGAAUUCAUAAUGAAGUAGAAUUGGCCCAAGUAGCAGCUGAAGCUUUGAUCAGUCUUGAACCAGCAAGUUCAGCUCCUUAUGUGUUGUUAUAUAAUAUGUAUGCUAAUUUGGAACAAUGGGAUGAUGCUGAGAGAGUGAGAGUGUUGAUGGAAGAAAAGAAUGUCAAGAAGCAAGCAGGGUAUAGUUGGGUGGAUUCUUGAUUCUUCUGAUUGCCAACGAGAAUUUUGCUGUUGUAGAAUGAAUGACUUCAAUUGGCAAUAGAUAUCAGAUUUUGCCAUUGUUAGAGAUGCUCACAUUCAACUUAACCAUGCUAUUACUGACAAAUAGGAAAAAUGAUAUUGACUGGUUAAGGUAACAUUGUAAAUGUUGGUUUGACAUGGAAGAAAUCGUUUUUCUUCUGUUCUGGCAAACAUUUGGAGAUCAAUUUGCUGGUGUCAACACUACGUGAAUUCAACCUUGGAUGGCUGGAAGAUUGGUAUUUUUGCGGUUUGUCAAUUGCUCCUCAAGAUUGAUAAAUCUGUGUAAAGGUUUCCGUCUGUGAGCUGAUUCAUCUGAAUUGGUGCUGUUAUGUGCACUGACCUCUCUUGGAUAUUUCACUUUGACAACUUUCACAAGAAAGAGAUAUGCGAAGCUGUUACUAUCAUUGAAACUCGUCCUUUGGUUGUUGUUGGAGUGGUGGGAUAUGCGAAGACUCCUUGUGGCCUUUGUACUGUGCAUGCUGUUUGGGCUCAGCAUCUAAGAGAGGAAGUUAAAAGACGUUUCUACCAGAACUGGUGCAAAUAUAAGAAAAGGCUUUCCCCAGGUAUACGAAAAAAUAAAAAGAAAGAAACUGAGGAAGGAAAGAAAGACAUUGAAUCUCAACUUGGGAAGUUGAAGAAAUAUGCAACUUACAUUCGUGUUCUGGCUCAUACUCAUAUAAGGAAGUUGAAGGGUCUAAAGCCGAGGAAGGCACAUUUGAUGGAGAUUCAAGUCAAUGUUGGGACAGUAGCACAGAAAGUGAACUUUGCAUAUGGCUUCUUUGAGAAGCAUAUCCCAGUGGAUGCAGUUUUCCAAAAGGAUGAGAUGAUAGACAUCAUUGGUGUGACCAAGGGUAAGGGUUAUGAAGGUGUCGUAACUCGAUGGGGUGUCACUUGCCUUCAACGCAAGACCCACAAAGCUUUAAGGAAGGUUGCUUGUAUUGGUGCUUAUCAUGCCAGAGCUGGUCAGAAUGGAUAUCAUAAGUAGGAUUUAUUAUUAACAAAAACAUUUGACAGUACAACAAAGCUUAAGUUUACUCAAUAUUUCUUCCUGUAUUUAGUCAGAGGCAGCCUUUACUGAAAUUAUUUCUACCAAUAGACGAAUAUUUAGAAGCUGAGGUAACUUUGAAGUUGCUUUAACAACUAAUAUAUAACUGAAAAAGCCUUGUGU